AUGGCUGACGAGAACACCAAGCCCACCGUCGACGAGCCCAAGGUCGACGAGACCCCCAUCUCCCACCCCAACGCCGCCCGCCGCAACUCCCUCGAGAAGCAGCUUGCUUCCCGUCCUGACCGCGCAGAGCUUGUAGAGAAGAACAUCCUGCCGGCUUCAAAUGCUGCUCCGGCACUCGUGGCCCAACAGAAGGAGCUCGAGAAGCACAUGCGUGCCGACUCCCUGAAUGACAAGAUUGCCCACCGCCCCUCUCCCGAUGAGCUCAUCAAGAAGGGCGUGCUCAACCCAGACGAGGACCCACGGUCGCCAGAUGAGAAAUACCAGGAAGCAAUUGAGGAGGAGUACGCCAAGCGGGAGGGCGGUGCCUAG